GCCUGUCAGUCGACUACAGGCAGAGCACAUUCGAGAGGAGAGAUCAUAGCAAUCACUGCAGAAGAUUAAUAUUCUCAACAAAAUGUGGUUUUCUGUGGCUGUAAUCUUUGCAGCAUGGGCCUGCUUUGCAGAUGUGGCACACAUUGAAGCCUCAAGCCUCCGUUCCAAGCGAUUGGUUGGGGGGACCCUGGCACCUCGUGUGCCCUGGCAGGCUAUGGUCUACCUGUCUGACAGCAUACUAGAAGGAGGCUUCGCAGGCGGUGCUCUCAUCUCCGACCGCUGGGUUUUGACGGCUGGCAGGAACCUGUUUGUCAGAAAGACACGACAGGAUACUCGGGGAAAAACUCCCCUCAUUCCUAAGGUGUACCUGGGGAUCUUAGGUCGAGAAGAAGCUGGUCCCACCACAGAAUUUGAAGUAGAGAAGGUUGUUCUCCACCCAGGUUUCCAGAACAAAACUGACUGGGACAAUGACUUGGCUCUGAUCCAGCUGAAGAAGCCUGUGGUUAUGAGUGACAAAGUGACCCCCAUCCCGCUGGCAGAGAGAGGCCAGGACGUGAGCGGGCCGGUGGUCAUCGCUGGGUGGGGCUGGGGGAUCCACCUCACCCCUGCUUCGUCACUCAAACACCUAGUGCUCUCCCUGGCCACAAACUCUCGCUGUAGAUCAGAAUAUGGCACAGAGCUUAGAGAAAACUCGCUGACACCAUUUGUGGAUGACAACAUGUUCUGCACCAGUGAAGGUGCCUUCAAUCACAAUGUUUGUUUUGGUGAUGCAGGCGGUGCUCUGAUUGCCAAAGAUUCUAGAAGUGGAGAAGUGUACGCUGCAGGGAUCCUGUCUUAUGAUAAGGCCUGCCAGACUCGCAAUUACGGAGUCUAUAUGAAGAUAUCUUCAUAUCUGCCCUGGAUUCACAGCGUCACCAGGGGAGAUACAGAUAAAUCGUCUGCUCUGCGUACUGAAGCUAUGGAUAGGAUGCUCAGAUGGCAGCUGUAGAUAUUCGGCAUCUGUUUUUUUGAUUAAGUAGAGAAAUCAUAACAAUAUAUUAAGUCAGUUACUAGUUUUCAGCGUGUGCAAUGUAAUUACUUAUGUCUUGACAUUAAAAUAUUGUAAUGGCAUGUGAAAAGGAAAAAAUACAGUCUUUGUAGGAUUUCUGGUAAAUAAAUAAAUUACCAAUA